AUGACACGCACGACCUCGGCAACUGGAGUGGCAGAAUCCCACGAUGGGAGAAAAUGGACUGUGGACAAAAGUCUCAUUUUGCUCCUCGACGAUGUUGCUGAGCGAUUUCCUCACCAGGAAGCCGUGGUAUCUCUCCAUCAACGAGACCGAUUCGGGCUCGGCGGUGAUGCUACCAAUGUUGACAAACCUCUUUGUUGGACAUACUCCCAAUUAAAAGCUGCAAGUGAAACCCUAGCAGCCUCUUUAUCGGCUCAAGGCGUCGCUCACGGGAGUCAAAUCAUUGCCAUCGUCUACAACGAGGCUGAGUGGGCGCUACUCUUCUGGGCAACAGCCCGGCUCUCUUGCCAAUUUGUACCAUUGGAUCCGCGACUGUUCAAUCAACAUGCAGACGCCGUUUAUCUACUGCGUAAAAUCAAUGCCGCUGCGAUAUUUGUGUCAGACAACAUCAUUUCCCAGCAGGUCGACGAAGCUCUAAAAUCUGUACCAACUCUCCAUCCGUCGAAGUGUAUCAUAAACUGCACAGACAGUGCCCCACCGAACGGAUGGACUACUUUAAGCAGGCAAAUGCUGGAGGGUUGUCUUGCUCUCCCUAUUUCCGACCCAAACCCCCGGCCAGAUUGCACCGUGCUAAUCCUAUUCACCAGCGGCACGGAAUCACUCCCCAAGGCGUGCCCCCAUACCACUAUCAGCAUCGGUACCCCGAGCCUAAUGCUGGUCGAUGAAUGGGGUUUAGGCCCAAGGGACAGCCUUUGUCAACACCUGCCGUGUUUCCAUAUCUUCAACAUUGUGGUAAGCCUCGCUUUCUGGCUCGCUGGUGGUACAGUCGUCUUUCCGAGCGCAUCGUUCAACCCGGCGGCCUCCCUAGAUACUUUCAGAAUACGCUCCCGAGUCCAUGUAGCCUGUGUUGCAACUAUGGUACAGGCCUUAAUCGCGCAUAUAAGGAGCUCCGGUUCCUAUUUUUGUUCCCCAUUCGCGGUAAUUCUGGGUGGAGCUCCUAUCACGCCUGAUAUCCUGGAUCUUAGCAAGUUGCUAGGUGCUAAGAGGAUUGUGGCAGGCUACGGUACGACGGAGGCCGUAGCGACGCUGAUGCGCUUGGUAAAUGCAGAAACCAUGGCGUCCACCGAGGGGGACGUAUGUCUUGGAAAGCCUCAGGCAGGAGCUUCGAUGCGAAUCUGUCAGCCUGGUAGCCGUAUUCCUAUUCGCUGUGGGCAGCUGGGUGAGUUGCACCAAGGAGGGCUUCCCCUGAUCAAAGGGUACUUAGGCUCGACUGCAGAGCAAUCGUCCAAUUUCUACGAGGAAGAUGGAAUAAAUUGGAUGGCAACCGGUGAUCAGGGAUACAUGGACGAUGAAGGACAAGUGUACCUUCUCGGUCGGUACAAAGAUCUUAUAAUCAGAGGUGGCGAGAACAUCUCUCCCGUCAAAAUCGAGCAAUGCAUAGGGAAACUCCCUGGGAUAAAAGCUGUGUAUGUCGUUGGAAUACCGGAUCCGAUUGCUGGUGAAGUGCCGAUUGCGGUGAUUAAGCAGGACGAGGACAAAAAUAGGGCUUCCGCUCUGGCUCUUCAGUCCAGCGUGGCGUCCCUGCUCGGGCAAUCGUUCUCGCCCACUCUCAUUCUAGACCUACAAAGAGACCUUGGGAUGGACAGCUAUCCGACAACUACAUCAGGGAAGGUCCGAAAGACUACCCUUCGUCAAUGGGUCGUAGAUUAUGUGGGAAAGCUAGAUGCUCCAAGGCCUUCAUCCUCGGACUUACCUACGGAGCUUACAGCGCUCUGGCUUGCGGUAAGUGGUCUAGGGCCACAGGAAGUUGACAUGGACACUCCGAUACUGGCUUUCGCGGACAGUAUCAUGAUAAUUCAGUUCCUGUACCUGGUGAACAAAAGGAAACUAGGUCGACUCACGCAGCAAGAUAUUAUGGGGGCGAAUACGAUUCGAAAGCAAGCCAAAUUACUCUCCAUCAGGAAAGAGCACAUUGGUGAGAUCUCUGGGAUGAAAUCUCCCCAGAAUGGUGCGCAAGGCAAUUUGAAAAAUGUGCUUGAACAUCACCGAGCCAAGGAAGUGGCCUCAUCUAUAUUGACACCAUUAGGAUUCGACUGGGAUGAUGUUGAGGAAGUCAUUCCAAUGACCGACUACGUCAAGCAUUUCUCAAGCGAUAGGUGUAGACCAAGCUCUUGGAACCUCCGGGCGGCGUUUGUCACGAAUAUCUCCAUAGAUGUGGCCGGUAUGGAGGCAGUAUUACGCCUUUGGCUUCAACGUCACCCGUUGUUGCGUGCAACAACUGCCAAAUUCAACGAAGAACUGGAGCUUUACCUAGUCAUGCGGUUGAGUCAACCGUGGUUGAGACUUCAAAUUAUCCAUGGUGGCGAGGUGGAGGAUGCUAAUGGUGUAGAAAUGUACGGACUGAACGACCCUGCCUUUGACUGGGUCAAUCAAUCUGUCGGGCCGCUCUUCAAGGCCACGAUUCUCCGUAUCCGGGACUCAUCGAAGGUUGGGCUGGUCCUGCACUUCCACCACGCCAUCUUCGAUGGCCUUACCCUCUUUUCUUGGGCCCGGGACUUAAAAGAGCUCCUCAGAAGUCAGGACCAGUGCCCGGUAUACUAUCUUCCCUACCGUGAUUUCGCAGAACAUUACCAACACUACCGAACCAGCGUAGCAGCUGAGAAGGCGGUCGACUUCCAUGUUCAAAGGCUUCGAGGCUUGUCACUGUCUUCAGAUUCAUUAUGGCCUCCACAGAAAGUACCAGGCUGGAUGAAAGGGGAUGCCCAGGGUUGGACUCCGCCGGAUCAUUGGGCUGGGGACCGUGUAUUACUGGAUGGUGAACAGAGCCGCGGAGCGCAAGGGAUCAAUCGCUCUAUUCACCUAUCGCAACUGUCCGAAAUGCGGAAGGCCUACGAGAUCACUCCUCCUACCAUCGCCAAAAGUGCCUGUGCAUUGGUUAAUUUGCACCUCACAGGACAAGAAGAAGCUCUCUUUACGGGCGUCGAUUCAGGCAGAUUUUGGCCCAUCCCGAAUGCCGACGUAAAUGCUAGUCCAUUCGAAAUCGAUGGGCCUACAAUGACCUUCUAUGCCAACCGCAUUCGCCUUCUGCCUGGUGAAACUGCUCACGACUUUCUGAAGAGAAUGCAACGAGAUCAAGGUGAGAUAUCAGUUCACGCACAUGCUCCCCUUGACACCAUAAAGGGUAAGCUCGAAGAGAUAGACAGCAGUACGGGACCGGCUGAUGUGGCGAUGUUGAACGACCUCUUCCACAGACAGACUUUUAACUGGCUCAUGCAGCAUUACACGGAAUCAGAUUCUGAUCCCAUUCGCCUCGUUCAAAGUGUAGGCAGGACUGACCUUGGAUUCAUGUGGUUUCCUUCUCUCCUACCAAAUGAUGUGUUGGAAUUGAAUGUCACCUGGGACGAUUCCCAACUGCGAUCGAAGGAGGUUUAUGAUGUCACGACGAAAUACAUGUGUGCUGUUGCAUGGCUGUCUGAUCCUGACAAUAUGAACAAGCCGGUCACGGAAUGCCAAUUCGAGGGGUGCGAUGGGAUUAGCUACUGGGUGUCCGACAAGUUUCAUCGGUAG